GUGAAGUUUUGUGACGUGUGGGUUUGCGAAGCGCAAUGCAGUGUGUUUUGUUAUGCAUGUGAUAACACAUUUUUAGAGUAGAAAAUCUGCAGUGUUAUCAUGUACAAGGUUUGACCGAAGUGAAGUACUGCCACCAUGCUACCGAGAGUGGACUUUAAAUGCCUGCGACCGGUGAUGCCGGCCGUGGUUGGCCUGUGUCUGGGCAUCACCAUGAGCAUGAUGUACGCACCAUACAGUGAGGAUAGCUGUGAAACGUUUGUUGCCAACCAGGAUCCUCAAGAGCUUGUCAAGCUCAGAGAAACCAAAUCUUUGGAAUCCGAUUUGGAGACCAAGUUUGAGCCCAGGUUACGUCUCCAGGAAAAGGCAGUCGCUGCCCCUUCUGGGAAUCGAGCCCCGUCCUCUGCUAAGAAGCUUGUCCGUCCAAGAUACGCUUCCACUGAACUCGGUAUCAGAGAGAAAUUGUUUGUGGCAGUGUUGACGUCGAAGGGAACAAUUGAUACCUUGGCCGUCGCUUUCAAUAAGACCGUUCACCACCAUGUGACUAAAAUGGUGUUUUUUAUGGACGACAAGGGACAUACUGUCCCUCAAGGAAUGUCUAUUGUGAGUUUCUCGGACAAGCACCCUCAUCUUGUGCCGAUACACAUACUGCGGUACAUAUCGGAGCACUACCCGGAGACGUUCGACUACUACAUGUUUGUGUCUGACCGGACGUACAUCCGCGGUGAGAAAGUGUUUGACCUUGUUAGUCAUGUCAGUGUCAGCCACCACAUGCACUUGGGUGCCCCGAAGACGACGGAAACUGGUGAAACAUACUGCACACUGGAGGGAGGAGUCAUCAUAUCUCAGUCGUUGCUGUCUCAAGUGCUUGCCCAGUUAGACUGGUGUACAACAAAUGCUCACUCAAAGGACGCCAGUGUCAAUCUUGGGAAGUGUUUACUGCACGCGACAGGAAGGAGUUGUCAAAAUGUGGCUCAGGGUAAAGUGUAUGGACACUACCGCAUUAAUGACUUUGAUUUUGACGAUGAUAUCGGCAAACUGAGGGAAAAAGUAGAGUUCAACAAGUCGGUGUCGGUCUACCCACUACCUGAUGACACCAACCACUACAAGCUGCACAGGUAUUUUUGUCAACAUGAGCUGAAUUUGACUAAGCAGGAAAUAACGCGUAUUAAAGAAGAUAUUUUGUACAUGAGUCAGUACGCCCCUGGUGGUCGAGAGAGUAUCAGCUGGCCUAUUGGUGUCCCUGAACCGUACAAGCCCAAGACACGGUUUGACGUCAUCCGGUGGGUGUACUUCACUGAGACGCACAUCUACUUCAAGGACGACUUCACCAAUGUGGAUGAGCUCAAAGGCGUUGACAAACAGGAUAUUCAGGAGGUCAUCAAACUGUCGGUGGAUCAUUUGAAUGAGAAAUAUGAGAACAAGUUUCUCUAUUCUCGGCUCAUCAACGGAUACCGCCGCUUUGACCCGCAGCGUGGCAUGGAAUACAUCUUGGACAUUGUUCUGAAGGACACCACGGCACAGAACAAGGAGGUGGAGAAGCGGGUGCACAUCGUUCGUCCCCUGGGCCAGGUAGAGAUCGUCCCCAUGCCAUACGUUACGGAGAAUACGCGGAUCAACCUCAUUCUGCCCGUGACGGAGGACGACAAGGAUGGCGUGGGUAAUUUCCUCGACUCGUACGCACACACCUGUCUGGACACGGGCGACAACACGUACCUUCUCAUCGUGUUCAUCUACAAACACAGCUCCAAGACGGACACGUUCUCCGUCCUCAAAUCGAUGAUCUCCUAUUAUGAAAAGAAGUACAAGAGCGGGGCGAAGAUUUCGUGGUCGCCGCUUUACAGUAACUCGACGUACAUCUCGGAAUUCACCAUCAUGGACGAGGUGGUUCAGAAGUUUCCGCAGGAUGCGCUGAUGCUCAUGUGCACCGUGGGAAUGGAAUUGGCCACCGAUUACUUCAACCGUGUCCGCAUGAACACCAUCCAGGACUGGCAGGUGUUCUUCCCCAUUGGAUUCUGGCAGUACAAACCGAACCUGAUCUACGACAGGAAACCGUAUCCCACGGCUAUCGAGAUCAACAGCAAGAUCGGCCACUACGACGCCAACUCGUAUGAACACAGCAGUUUCUAUAACUCGGACUACACGUCGGCUAGGAAGAUCCUCUCGCCGUACUACCUACAGAUGGGUGACCUGUAUGACAUGUUUGUGAAGUACCAGAAACUGCACGUGUUCCGAGCCAUCGAACCAGAGCUGAAACACCGCUACAAACACUUCAGCUGCCAGCCAACCGCGCCCGAGCGCAUGUACGAACGGUGUUUGAAGCGGCGGUCGGAGGGGCUGGCCACGCGCGGACAGCUGGCCAAGCUGGUGUUCGAGAAGCAGCAGAAGGUGGAUCAGGAACACAUGGACAUGCUGAAAAAGCAGAACGAUCCCAACGUGGAACCCAUGAAACCUAUCAAGUGAUUCAGUGCUCAGCCUCAGUAGAAUAUCAAGUGGUUGUUAUAGAUGAAACACGUGAUCAAUGAUCGGUCUAGAUAGUAUAUCAAGUGAUUGUUAUACACGAAACCAAACACGUGAUCAGUGCUCUGUCUUAGUAGAACAUCUUGUGAUUGUUCCACAUGUAACCAAACGUGAUCAAUCCAUGGCAUCACAGUAGGACAUCAAGUGAUUAUUACACAGGGCUGACACUGUAACAAAUUUAGUUUUAGCCAAUUUUUAUAUAUGUAGAAAUUUUCCUUGAGAAAUAUAUAUUCAAAAUUGGUUAAUUUCAGGGUUUAAGCUCGACCCAAAACAUUAUUAGCAAUUUGGCUAAUUUAGUCAGAAGUGUUUUAGGCAAAUUCAGUUUCAGUUAAUCAAAUUAUAAAAAAUUAAGAUGCUUUAACUUUAUUUUAAGAUAUUUAUUUGUCCGAUAUCUUUGAUGGAUAAAAUUGGCCACUGCAAACAAAUUGCAAUGUUUUCUGAUUUACUGACGUGUGUCCGAUAAAACUAAAUUCGCUGCAGCUUUAUCAAGUUAAAGACUGAAACUGGAAAAGAUGUAACUGUUGGAGAUGAAAUCGGCCAGAGUGUAUCGAAUUGUACAUAACGGAAAAGACCGAGAUAUUCCAAUUGAUGACAAUGUUACUGAGUAUGAACUAUUCCGAGAUCGUCCGAAUGACAAAUGUAUGUGUGCACCUAGAUACACAGAUGUAGAUGGGAAUUGCACAAGAAGCAAAAAGUAAAUUAGUGAAGAACCAAAAGUGAAAACAAACGAUAAGCCGGUAGUUCAAAGUAGCAUGCGAUUUUCGAAUUAAGUUUUUGGCGAUUGGAUAAUGAAAUACAUAAACCCUGAAUUUAAGGAACAUUUUAUUAGCCGGACAUAAAUGUUGUAGCCACUUUGCUUAAAAUUAGCAAUUGGCUAAUUUGGCAGGGUGAUCCUUCGUUAUAUCAUCUUGGUACCCGUAACAUAUCGUAGUUGAAAUUGUCUACAAUUGAAACAACCAAAGUCAUAUAUAUUAAAAAAAAAAAAUAUAUAUAUAUAUAUAUAUAUUUAUACAUGUAUAUAACAAAAUUUCAAAUGAAAUACCAGUGAAAAAUUGGUCACGAACAUAAAACAAUGUGUGUGGGAUAAAGUUUCUUAGGGUAAAGUGGUAUAAAAGAAUACCCAUAUAAGAAUUAUUAUUGUUACUAUUAUUAUUAUUACUGAGGUACCAUUGAUAUCAGCAUACAUUACUGUGUAACUUGUGGGACUUUGGUCAGUAUUUAUAUUUAUUUUGUGGGUGUUUAUUUAUAAAAUGGAUUAUAUAAUAAAGUAUUUGAACUUCAUGGUACUUAAUGCAUAUUAUAUAAAACAAAUUUGUAUGUACAGUUACUUUUGCUUGUUGAACAUUCUAAGAUUUUAUUAAGUAUUUCAUAAUCAUUUGAUGCUUUGCAACUGUAUUCUGGUAAAUGCUUUUAAAUCUUUAUUAAAGUAUUUAGUGCUUUAUUAUACACGUAGUAUUAGUAAUAGUAAGAUGUAGGAUUGAGAAAGAUCUAAGAUUGUAAUUUCAGUGUUCAAAACUUGCCAAAAAAUAUUGUGGCCCAAAAAAUAAUAAUGCAUGUUGGCACAUUAUGAUAAGCGAACAAUGAGCAAGAUUUUAAUGUGGAAUACAAAUAUUAAUAGUGGCUCAUAUGUUAUAGCUCUAAAAAAGAUAAUAUUAUUUGGGUGACUAAUGCCAUUAUUUUUUUAUAUUUUGCAUUUGGCGACCUGGCCACAGGCUGUUUCGAACCCUGAACUUACUUAUUCUUUCAUUAAUGUGAAAUCUUUUAUUUCCAUGGGCUUAAAUGUUUGUGGUUUUGCUAAAACACACAUUUCAUUGGGUACUAGUCCAUCAUUUACACAAAAAUUAGACGAUCACAAAAUAAGUGAUUUCAUAGUGUUUCAAAAUUCUAUCAUUAUUAUCUUCAGUUUACUAUGCCACAUUUUACAGGUCUUUCAAGUAUUAUGGUGGUGUCUGUUCUUAUAUACAUCUCUUGUCCAAACCAUGUUGCAGGAUCACUAAAGUUUGGUGUAGUUAAAUAUUUAUUAUAGUGUACAGUAUUUCCACUUUACACCCCUAUUCAUGUGCCACAGAAUGGCAGAAAACAUGUGGCGUUCAGCGUUUGUGUCAACUGGUUUCACCUUACAGGUAGAUGCAGGUAAAAUGUGUAUUAUUCACCACCACGUGUCACCAAAUACAGGAAUCCUAUUGGCUAAACAAAACGGUAACUCACAUGAAUCACACCGCAAUGCUUUUUUCGCAUGCAAGGCAUUUCAUAUCAUGGUGGCAAUGUAUGGUUUUCUCUUGCCGCACUGUAGUGGAAACCGUAUUAUUAUAUCUCCAUUAUAGCAAACAACAUUUUGCUAAUGCAUUUUAUUUGAUGUGAAAGUGGAAACAGGCUUUUAUCCAUUUAGCAGCUUUUUCUAUGCAAUCUACACGUAACUGCAUUUAAAAUCAUGAUCUUUGCAGCAUGUUUUAUGCAAUCUACAUGUAACUGCCUUUAAAAUCAUGAUCUUUGCAGCAUUUUUCUCAGUUACAUCUCUGUCUUCCAGGGCCCAAUUUCUCAAAACAUCGUAAGCCUAGUUUUUCAUGUAAAUGUAAAUCUACGACUAAACCACAAUUCUUAUUACUAUUAUCAUAUAAAGAAUGUAGUUUUAAGUACACACAUUUCAUUUUCUUUGGUCAUUAAAAUACUCUAUCUCCCUUAAUGAUGUAAUUUUCAGUGUGAAAUGGAUGCCAAACACGUGUAAAUGUAUGUCCGGUAUAACUGCUAGUCGCAGACCUAAACUUGCGAUGUUUAGUGAAAUUGACCCCAGUAACUUAAGAUAUUUUUUGUGUUAUAAGAUAUUUGUUGAGAUUUUGUAUUUAUCAGCAUAGAGGUAUUAGUUGUGUUUAUAAUAUUCAUUGUGCAAAUAAUGUCUUGGGUUUUUUUUUUAAAAAGAAGAAAUAUUUUAUAUAUUUUUUGCAUAUAUGAAUUUUUAAUUAUCUUUGUUUUAUUUGUAAUGAUUACUCUUCUUUAAUUGUGCUGUCUCAAUUAGAACUGUCACAUUUACAAAAUUUUGUUAAACAUUUAAACGGAACCUAUUAAAGGAAACAAUACCAUUUAAACGGACAAAUAUUUAACCAACACUUUGGGGUAUUUCCUGGAUAACUUUUUAACUGCGGCCACCUCAAAGGCAUUUUUCAUGAUACGACAUAAAUACUUGACAAAUAGUUAAUGACGUAGGAUAUCAGUUUUAUCCUGUGGAGGCAAGAAUGGACAAUUUGCUUAUAGCCAGAACAGGAAAAAAUGGAUAUUGUACAAACAAACUGGAUGAAAAAUGUAUAAACUAUAAUACUGGUUGUUAUGGCGGGCCGCUUCCAUAGAAGUAGUCAUUUCUGAAUAGCCUGUUACGUAACUAUGUGUAGAUUCUGUCACAGGCACCCACGAUCUUUCAGCACAUUUCUAGUUGAUAGUUGUUGUUUUAAAAAUUGAUUUUUAGUCUUGAUAUUUGCAUAUUUUCUGUACUGUCAUACUAACACACGUACUAUGUGUAUUUUGUUGGGUUUUUGUACCGUAUACUUUUAUGUGGGAAGUUGUUUUGUUAUUUAUUAAACACGUGGGAUUUUACUAGGGGUUUUUUUUGUGUGUGUUUUUUUAAAUAUAUAUGUAGAUAUGUUACACGUUAUUUGUGUAUAAAAAUGUGUGGGAAAAACUAAAACAGUAUUAUAGAUAUUUAGUUAUUAUUAAUAUGUAUACAUACAGGCUAGCGAAUUAUUAGCAUACAGAAAAACUUGUAAUACUUGUUUCUUUCAUAUUUUUAUACCAUAAAACAGCGCAUACAGAAUUUCAUUAUAAAAAAAAAUCAAAGCUGUUACGAUCAAAUGUAGAGAAUAUAUUUACAUAUACUUUUCUAUAGAGAAUAAAAUAAGUUGUACUUUCAUACAAGUAACCAAACACGUUAUAAUACUUGAUAAAGAAUCAAAUGCGUCAUAUUUCACUACAAAGAAUCAAAUGGGUUGUUGUGCUUUUCUAUAAGGGACCAAAAUACGUGUGUUGUUGUACUUUAUAAGGAAUCAAAUAACAUUGACAUUCAAUCAAAUACUUUAUUGUCAAAUGAAAUGUAAUAAAGCAGCAUACAUUUCAACAAAUAUUUUAUUGUUAAACAAGUAACUUCUAGAUUUGUAAUUUUGUGAAAUACCAAAUGUAUACUUGUGACAUGUUCCCGGGGCUUGUAGAUUAUGGUAGCCCCACUCCCAUGGCUAGUGAUAUUGAGUGUUGGGCUAGUAAAUAACUACUAUUGCCAUGCACGACGACUAGUGAUUUUUUGGGUCAAAUGUUGGAGUUAAGUCUAUUUG